AUGUUGAAGCUGAAAUUUAAGAAAGUCGACGGCCGCUGGACCUGGUGUGACGAGUACAAACAAGGAUUCAUCCUCCCAAGAUAUAAAUGCGUUAAUCACAACUCUCUGUCUCCACCGAACCGACUCGCGCCAGAGAUACUAGGGAGAAUCUUUCAGCUUGUCCUCGGCAAUAACUUUAGUGACAGCAUAAUUUUCAUCACGCAUGUGUGCCGCUAUUGGCGCGAUGUUGCUCUGGGCCAUCCGAAUCUGUGGCGCAAACCCGCGAGUUCCAGUCCCGAGCUCGUGAAGCUUAUGAUGCAGCGCAGCAAGAACUUAGGUCUCAAUCUGAUCGUUGACACGGUUUUGAGGGAUGAUGGCCUCCCGGCACUGGAGUAUGCCCCCUGCUACGAAUAUGCUAUCAAGCGCAAGCUGGCUUAUGUCGGACAGGCCGCUUCCCUCACCCUUGUUGUCAACGACAUAAUGGCUAAUUUCCCCUCAUACGCGAUGCGCAAGCUCCGGACCAACGCACCUCUUCUAGAGUCUCUGACGCUUGGCGUCAUGGAGGUUAAGGCGCCAUUGAACUUGACCUCCCUACAGAGGUACUUCCCAAGGCUCCGUCGCCUGACAAUCAGUGGGCGCGUCUUCCCGCGCAGCUCUGGGAUGUUCGGGAGCCUCACAUGCCUUGACGUGUGCUCAAGCGAUGACCGGAAGGUGUUGGAAGCUCUGAAGGACACUCCUCUACUAAAGAAGCUCAUCCUGCGUAUCUCGAUGUCGCCACCUUGCAAGGCAGACAAGGACACCGUUGCAAGGCUGCCUCACCUGGAAGAAUUUUGCAAGACUGGUCUCUCGCCCUCCAUGUGCAUAGAUUUCCUAUCCCAUCUAAUCGUCAGUCGACCAGUCAGCCUGAUCCUGCGGUGCGACCACGACAACACCGAGCCUGCGCAGAUGUCAUCGGCCGCUGAAGUGGCCUGUCGGUUCCUCAUGGCCAACCAUCGCACCGUCUAUCGCUUUGCAGAAGUCCAUGCCGGUGAUGACAUAGUCUGCAUAUUCCGGCCUCUUGCCCCUGCACAUGCCAUUACACAGAACCCCCCCACAACCCACUUUCGUAUCGAGCUCUCCCGAAAAAGGGCCUAUCUUCAGGAGUGGCACCAUUACCUGCCCCUGGGAGACGUGGAAGUUUUGCGCGUCCACGAACACAUGUUGGCGCGCCGCGAGCUUCCUGAUUGUUGGGCAACCACCGGACUUGCAAACAAGUUCAAGUACAUGAACCAGGUCGCACGCCUGGAAAUCACCGACGACGUCGCCCAGCACCUCAUCCCGCAUCUCGCUACGAACGCACGGGCACUCGACCCAGGCCACCCCGCGUUGUUUCCGCGUCUGGCGCAUAUUCACUUGUACAUGGAAAAAGCACGCCGGAUCCUGCAUAAUGAGGAAGAAGGCGUGGUGGAUGAUUUCUUCGACGUUAUGGAGAACUACCUGAGGGAACGCCAGCAGGAGGGGGACGAGAUCGAGGAGCUGGGAAUUCACGCCCUGCCCACCACAUUGCGGAGUGACGUGCUGAACGCGAGAUUCAGGGGCCUCGUUCGCCAGCUAUGCUUUUCUCAUUCUCACAUGGAGACCUCCUUGUGCCCCGAUUUCAGCCUAUCCCAGAAAUCAUAA